CGCAAUUCGCCAAAACAGUUCCAAAUCGAAGCUCGAGUCGCUCAGAUGGCAGCAGCAACCGCAUCAGCAACAUCAGCAAUGCCAAAGCUGUACGUCAGCCGCGCCACAAUUCAGCUGAGGCUGCCAGCAGCCAAGGCGACUCCUCUCACCUACGAGUGGCGCACUCAGGUCACGGGUCAGGCGCAGGAGGCGCCAGUGGAGUGCAUUAAGAGCAGCUCAGCUGCUGCAGCAGCAGGAGCAGCAGCGACUGGAGUUGCAGCAGCAGCUGCAGCAGCAGCCACGCCCACUUAUACACCUCCACGCAUACAAGGGAAUGAGGCGCAGCGCAAGCAACUGCCACAAACCCUGAGCAACUUUUUCGAAGCUGAACGCUACGACAGCGCCUGGAAUCGGCUGACUAAGUAAGAGGAAAGACUCACCAUAUACAUAUAUUUGUUAGUACAUAUACAUAUAUUCAGUAUAUAUCAAAUUGUGUGUGCCAAUGUGAAGAAUUUGCUACUAACGUACGCCCUAAUGUGUUAAAAGAAACUUAGUUUUAAGUGAA